ACCACGUGCGUAAUCAAAACACUCACACACAAGUUGCAUUUUUAACGAAGGAAACACAAAAAGUUCCCAUUUCAAGAUAAGAAGAAGAAAUUAAAAUUUAAGUAAUGUUCACCUUCACCUUCCUCGUAGUCUCCUCUCUUCACACUCAUAAAAAGUCUUUGAAGAAAAUCACAAAACUCAUAUAAAAAUCUCUGAAGCUUCUCUUAAAUUCUCAGAAUCAGAAUAUCUUCUCUCUUCUUAGAUAUGGCUUUAGUUCGUGAACGUCGUCAGCUCAAUCUCCGACUUCCUCUUCCUCCGAUCUCCGACCGCCGCUUCUCCGUGACCUCCUCCUCCUCCGUAACAGCUGCUACCUCCUCAGUCUGUAACAACAACAACACCUCCGCAGCAGCUGCAAGUGAUCUCGAGAGACUCAACGUCCUCGGAUGCGGAAACGGAGGGAUCGUUUACAGAGUCCGUCACAAGAACACGUCUGAGAUCUACGCUUUGAAAACCGUCAACGGAGACAUGGAUCCGGUUUUCACGAGACAGCUGAUGCGAGAGAUGGAGAUCCUCCGACGUACGGAUUCUCCCUACGUCGUGAAAUGUCACGGGAUCUUCGAGAAACCGGUCGUCGGCGAGGUCUCGAUUCUGAUGGAGUACAUGGACGGAGGAACUUUAGAAUCGCUACGCGGUGCCGUGACGGAGAAGAAACUCGCCGGGUUCGCUAAACAGAUCUUGAAAGGACUUAGCUAUCUACACGCUCUCAAGAUCGUUCACCGUGAUAUCAAACCGGCGAAUCUGCUUCUCAACUCGAGAGACGAAGUUAAAAUCGCCGAUUUCGGAGUUAGCAAGAUCUUGGUACGGUCGUUGGAUUCGUGCAACUCGUAUGUUGGGACUUGCGCUUACAUGAGUCCUGAGAGAUUCGAUUCGGAGUCUUCCGGUGGGAUAAGCUCGGAUAUAUACGCCGGAGAUAUAUGGAGUUUUGGGUUGAUGAUGCUUGAGCUUCUCGUUGGUCAUUUCCCUUUGCUUCCGCCGGGGCAGAGACCUGACUGGGCGACGCUUAUGUGCGCUGUGUGUUUCGGAGAACCGCCGAGAGCGCCGGAGGGAUGUUCGGAAGAGUUUAGGAGUUUUGUUGAGUGUUGUCUACGUAAAGAUUCGAGUAAGAGAUGGACGGCGCCGCAGCUUCUUGCUCAUCCUUUUCUCCGGGAAGAUCUUUGAUUCGAUUCUUUUUAUUUUUGUUUAAACAUAAACUUACAACAACAACAAAAAAAGAAUCUGGAAUCUUAAAAUUCGAAUAUUAGAUUUAGUUUUUGUAGAGUUUACUGGAGAAAUCAUAUUAUGAUGGUAAUAUUGUUUUUAUACAUACAUCAUCAUAAUUAAAUUAUGUCUUUCAGUACUAUUUAUUCAUUAAUUCAAUCGUUGAUGUACAUAAGUUUUGGUAAUCUUUAA